UAGAAAUCGAAGAUUGGCAACUUUUCGAGUAGCUUAGAGACUUUUUCCAAAAAUCAAAAUGAGCAACAACGUAGUCAAGCGGAACCCAACAGGGACCAAAUCCAAGAAACCAAUUCCCGCGAAAGUUGACUCUGGCAUCGCGAGAAUGCCUUCCACAACGACGAGAACCGAGUCCCCCCAACAUUCAAGGCUACCGCGUCCUUUGUCCGGCCGACAAAGUAGUCGAAGUAUUCAGGAACGUAAAGCGGCUACCGGCGUAAUGGACAAAACUCGCCCAACGAGCAGUGGCUCUUUCAAUCGGUUCACCAGUCAAUCAAAAUCGGAUGAAAAAAGCAUUUUGAAAGUGCAUCGUCUCGGUAUGCUACCCACGUAUCUCCGAAAACCCCGCUCUGCUAGCUUCACUGAGAAAAAUCCACCAAGGUCUAAUGAACAAAGAUCUAACGAGGCUGGCGAACACGCUAAGGAGAUGCUCGAAUUUGUAAAUGUGCGAUUUGAAAAAUUUCAAAACGAUUUGGCCAUACAGUAUGGAAAAUAUUGUGCUUCGAAGGAGGCAUUGAAUGAGGAAGGAAUAACGAGCUCGGAUGUUCGGAAUAACAUAUCGGUGCAACAUGCUUCUGCAGGCUUAGAAGAGGAAAUCGCGCGUGUUUUUGUGCAGACCGAGCCGGUGGAAGCUGCACUGCAGACGGGGGUUUGCCCACCUUUCGAAGGUUCUGGGGGCACUCCAAUGGAAGCCACUGUACUGUUCGACCAGCAACAACAGCUUACUGUGGCGCAAGAAAAAAAUCACCAACUGGAGAUAAUGUGUGCGCAACAGCAGGAACGAAUCGAGAAUCUGGAAAAAGAGGUUGCAACCAAAGGAGCUAUGAUAAGCAAGAUGGAGAAUGGGAUAGAUGAGAUGAGGAAAAUUUCAAAUGCACAAAAUUCUCAGAUGGGAGAGUUGGAGCAACGAUUAGCGGAUGCUUUGAAGAUCUGUGAGGAUAAAGACAAUCAGAUAUUGGAACUCAACACAAACUUGGAAACAGUUCAAAAACAAAAAAGUCUUGUCGACCAUCGAAACGACGAAGCGUUGAAGAUGGUGGUCACACUCCAAACCGAGGUGGAACGACUUCAACGGGAGAACCGCCAGCUGAUUGAUAACAAACAGCAAAAUGAUAUUCAACUGAAGAUCCGCGCUCAGCUCUUGGAAUCUCUAGAGGCGAGUAAUCAGAGUCUCAUCGCUCGAUGUGCUGAAUUAGACAAGCCUGGAGUGAAAAAUGAGGUGGAAGCACAAGCGAAGUUCGAAAUAUCUCGAACAUUGCAUAACAUUUUGAGUGUAGAGCAGAGCCAGCGUUCGAUGGAGAAACAAAAUUCUAGUGUCUGUGAUCAGAAAUCCGUUCAAUCCAAAGUGGUUAGCCACAAAAUCUUGGAUGUUUUGAGGCAGAUGAAAAAUGAGAAUCUUCAACUCAGGGGGAUGAUCAGUGAAAAUAAAUGUGUCCGGAACAAAGAAGAACGGGUCCCCGUGGAUAAUCUUUUAAACAAACAAUCGCGGAAUAAACUAUGUCAACUAUUCCCAGAAGAACUACCGUCGAACGAUGUGAUUCUGGAAGAUGAUGUGAUUGAUGAACAAAUUACCAAUAGAAUCGUAUACGACGAUCAAAUUACCGGCAAACUUUACCAUUAACCAUUAUUAUUAAAUUAA